GCGAUGUGAGGCGGCGUCAUCCACGCGCCAUGCUAUCCACACUCUCUCGCAAUUGGUGAUAUUGGCCAACCCUCGUCGGAGCUCUUCGGGCGCGACGCACUGCACACAAUACCCGCAAUACAACCAUAAUGGAGCCCGCUCUCCAGUUGUUGAUUCUUCGAGCAAAGUGACCCACAUCGACGUUGCCGCAGCGGAGGAGGAGGAGGAGUAGUAGCAGCAGCUAUGUCGUCAGUUCUCGGGGUCUCUGCUUCCUGUGUCGCAGGUCACGUUGCUCAAAGCCGCAGCUGGGUUCCGUCUGUGAAUGCUAGGAUAAGUACCCACCGGCGUGUAUUUGUGGGUGGAGCUGGGGUGACGAGGAGCCAUGGGUGGCGGACGUUGGAGAGAGGAGUUGCGAGGCGGAGUGGCGGGACUGGGUGGGGAGGUAGUAACGCGCAGACAGAGCCACUGGACUUGACUGAAGAGAAUGUGCAGCAAGUGCUCUUGGACGCGCGCUCGGAGUUGUUGCAGCUGUUUGACCUAAAAGUUGGCAUCACAGGCGUCGUUCAAUUGGCGGAGAUAGAUGGCCCGUUUGUUACACUCCGUCUUUCAGGACGCUUCUGGCACACGCGUUCGAUGGUUCUUGCUCGCGUUGCCAAUUAUUUGCAGAAACGAAUUCCUGAAAUAGUUGAGGUGCAGAUUGAAGACGAAUCACAACUGGACGACAGUGCGGCCAAUUUCUAGGUCUCUAGCAAUGUGUCGAUCGUCACAACUUGUCUUACAUACCUCUGCUGAUCCUAUCAUCUCCUCACGUGAAACGUCGAAGGCAUCGUCGAGUUCACAUCAGCUCUGGAAGUGAUAAGGAAGCUGCAACCAUACAUGGUGAAAACUAGCGAGGUACUGCAACAAAUUGGUACUGAUCCACAAGUAUGUGCUUUGACUUUGGGGUCACGAUCGGUGCCAGCUCUGCUGAUUGGAACCGUUUUAUCCUUGCAAUUCACUGUCGAAUACGGCGUCUCUGGGAACAGCAUCAAGCGGAAGCACAAGCACGGGUGAACGCUGGGAAUUUUCGUAACUGCUUGUGAAGUGAAGAAAAUCAUGAGUUGAGCAAUAAGAGAUCAUGAUUGAUACACCCUUGCGGCCCAUCCUUCGUAGAUCCUACAACACUGCACACUGAUGUCUUCGGCUCUUGAAUGCCGGAAUGGAUUGUGGACUGAAGAAACUCCCAUAAUCGUUUACACAUGUGUUGCAGUUCAAUCAAAUGUUUUUUUUUAUUCUUACACAAAGAUAAUCAUUCAUUCGUGAAA